UCUGUGUGGUUGACCACUACCCCAUCAAAAAGGCACCUGGAAUUGAUGAAAGAUAUUCAUAUCAUCUGGGAGUUUUAAAAGUUAGCACACUAUCUUUGGUAUGAUACGUUUGGCGCAGAGUUUUUGGCGGAUCGCGCAGCGCUUCAGAUUGGUUGCUACAAGUUUGAAGUCGAAGCGCGUUUUGGAUGAGAAUACGCCUGGAAAUGGGGGAACAGCGCCGAAGGCACUCAGAAUGGAUAUAACUACUAUCCCCUUCCUCUCGCCGAACUCAUCCGCGGAAACUAAUGGCACGAGCGCGCCUAGACCCCCGCCGCAUUCACAGUACGCUACGAUGCUCAUCAUUCUCGUGGUUACCGUGAUUAUCUUGGUGACCAUAGUGGGUAACGUAUUAGUGGUGGUGGCCGUUUUCACCAGCCGCGCGCUGCGUGCGCCACAGAACCUCUUUCUGGUCUCUUUGGCAUCUGCUGAUAUUUUGGUGGCCACUUUGGUUAUUCCAUUCUCCCUAGCCAAUGAAGUGAUGGGCUACUGGUACUUUGGAAGCACCUGGUGUGCCUUCUACCUGGCUUUGGACGUGCUCUUCUGCACGUCAUCCAUUGUGCACCUCUGCGCCAUAAGUUUGGACCGCUACUGGUCUGUCACCAAAGCGGUCAGGUACAACCUAAAGAGAACUCCGCGAAGAAUAAAGUUCAUGAUCACGGUGGUGUGGGUCAUUUCGGCUGUGAUUUCCUUCCCACCGCUUCUCAUGACCAAACACGACGAGCUGGAGUGCUUGCUGAACAACGAGACCUGGUACAUCCUCUCCUCCUGCAUGGUGUCGUUUUUUGCGCCUGGUCUCAUCAUGAUUUUGGUGUACUGCAAGAUCUACAGGGUGGCCAAACAGCGCGCGUCCACCGUGUUCGUGGCUAAGAACGGGAUGGAGCGACAGCCUUCGCAAUCCGAGACCUGCUUCGUGCGUAAAGGCAAGUCAGAGAUGGAGAGCCCCAGCAGCCACAGCUCAGGCAGCCGAGAGCGCAAAGGCGAACUCGACGACAUCGAUCUAGAGGACAGCAGCGUCUCCAACAGACAAAGAAACUCGCGCUUCGCCAAGAGCAGGAAGGUGGAAGGUGCACACGCGUGCCCAAAGCAAAAUGGACGGCUGUCAUGGGCAUGUAGCCGCGCGUCGGACCUCGAUCAGGAGCCGAAGGCGCGUCAGCUGUCUUUGUCCAAAUCCAAACUGGCACAGAUGCGAGAGAAGCGCUUCACCUUCGUGCUGGCAGUGGUUAUGGGGGUGUUCGUGCUCUGCUGGUUUCCUUUUUUCUUCACGUACAGCCUUCAUGCCAUAUGCCGAGAAAGUUGCACAAUACCGGAUUCUCUAUUUAAUCUCUUUUUCUGGAUUGGUUACUGCAACAGCUCUGUGAACCCCAUAAUUUAUACAAUUUUCAAUAGAGACUUUAGGAAAGCGUUCAAGAAGAUAAUGUGCAAGCAUUCUAUACGCACGUAAAUGCACACACAUAUGUGUAUGGGUCAGUGACAAAUAAAAGUGUCAGAGAUUAUAAAG